AUGAGGGGGAAAUACUUUCUGCUCGGUUACUUGUUGGUCAAAGUUAUGGCGCUGGUCUGCAAGGCGGACGGAGAACCAGGACAACUGGAUGGCUUUGUCAUGAUGACGACGUCCAACGGAUCUAGGGAGGACGAGGGCGCAGGCUUCUCAGAGCCCCCACACACGGAGGACCGGUGCCGGGGGUACUAUGAUGUGAUGGGCCAGUGGGACCCGCCGUUCGUUUGCAAAACGGGCGAUUAUCUGUAUUGCUGCGGCACCUGUGGCUUUCGGUUCUGCUGCUCCUACAAGACCUCGCGGCUGGAUCAGAGCACCUGUAAAAACUACGACACUCCGGUGUGGAUGAUGACAGGUCAAACCCCGUUUAAGAAAAACGACCUCCGGCACGACCCCACCAAAGAUAAAACUAAUUUAAUCGUGUAUAUAAUCUGUGGAGUAGUCGCUAUCAUGGCACUUGUUGGGAUAUUCACCAAACUCGGCCUGGAAAAGGCGCACCGACCUGAGAGAGAGAAUAUGGCUAGGGCUGUCCAAAGCGUGUUACAGGUCAGCAGUCCAGGUGAGCAGUUCCAGGGGGAGGACACCCUUGGCAUGCACGCACAGCACUAUGACACAAGGGCCAACAACCUCCAGGGAGGUCAGAUUAACAACACCGUGGGCCAGCCACACCCCUACCCUGCUUUGAGCCAGCUGGCUCACGUCUAUGAACAGCAACAACCUGGGAAGGAACUCAACAAGUAUGCCUCGCUCAAGCUCGUCGCGGCCAAGGCCAACGGCGACUUCUACAACAAGCGGCGUCUGAUGGUGGAACUGCCAUCCGAAGGCGGCCUCCCCCUCCACCCCCUGGGCUCCCUGGGCCCAGAGCCCGUGGCCACCUACAUCACAGAGAUGCCCAGCAGCUUGCCCAUUCUAUCCAGCUCCCACCAGGGCUCCACCAUGCCAGCCGCGCCCAAGCAGAACGCACUGAAGCCCCAAAGACUCAGCAGCAGUGGCGGCGACAGAGUCAGUAAUAAAGGUUCAGGAGCCAUGACCAUGUCCAGCAUGACUAGAACAGGGACUUUCCCAGGGCCUCACCGCCACACCGGGACGGUUCCCGGGCCUCACCGCCAACAACAACACCACCACCAACAUCAAGAGCAACAACACCACCCACUGGCCUACAGCUCCAACACCAUCGCUGCCCCCAGGGGGAUGGGGGGGGGGAUGGGUCUGAAGGGCUGGGGGGGGACUGAGACGGUAGGCAGGAGGAAGGGUUACGGCUCCAAGAGGCCCCAGUGUACGGUGGAGCAGAUCAACAAGCUGCACAGUCAGUCCCGCUCCCAGAGCCACAGUCAGCACUUCCUGCCCACUCAGCCUUACUUUGUGACCAACAGUAAGACGGAGGUGACUGUGUGA